AUGCUUGCCCGGUCGGUGAAGCAAAAGCUCAGCCCAGAAAUGUCUGGCUGCUUUGGCCGAGUUUUGGCUGUACCCUCGGCCCGAGACAUUGUGUUUUUGGCCAGCAAAAAGUCUGGCCGGACCAUUUGUAGCGGUGCCAGCUGGCUCGUUUGCAAUGCUAUAUCUAUUGACCGGCCAGACUGUUUGCAGCGUGGACUGCCUGGCCACUUUGAAUUCUGCCUGCUCCGGCCACAACAUUGGGAACAAGGGAUGACCGGCCGGCAUACCCUCCGGCCGGAGCAUUGCAACAUUGGGCCGGGUGGAUCAUUGGGGACAGUAUUGAGGGAUGGCGAGGCUGGCCGCAACAUUGGAGACGGGGCAGAGCCAGCCGGCAUGCACUCCGGCUGGAUCACUGGCAACGACAAUGUCUGCAACGUGGACCCGGACCCUCCAGCCGGUGCCGGCUGCAACGUUCGAGAUGGGUGA